GUCUUAGUCUAGAGACUAGUAGAGUCUAGAUCUAGUACUACUCUAGUACUUAGUAGACAUCUAGAUCUAGUAGAGGCACUACCCGUGACUACCGCCACUAGCUAGUAGCUCAUUAGUAGGCUGAUUAGGUGACUAGAGACACGAGAGUAGUCCUGAGUAGAGGUCUAGCUAGACCAGUGAUCAAAAUUAAACGUCUUCUUUCUAAGAUCUAGACAUAGAUGAGAUGAUAUACUUGAUAUAGAUUCUAGAUCAAAUUACCUGUACUGUAGAUCUAAGACUAAGAGUAGGCCUACUCUGACUACUCAAACUCACUGCCUACUAAAACUUUACCCUAAAGAUUAACUAAAUAAGUUCUAUUUCUAUCUAGAUCUAUAGAUCUACAAUGUUUGAAUUUACAGUUAUCUUUUUCUUCAUAAUUCACAACGUACAUGCAUAUUACAGAGUGGAUUUGGGAGGGAACUGGACUUUGACUGAUGAUUGGUCUGGUAUCAAAACAUUUGGACGUGUUCCAGGUUCCAUUUAUACUGCUCUUGUUGAUAAUGGCAUAAUUCAAAAUCCUCUUUACCGGCAGAAUGAUGUUAAUCUUGCCUGGAUUGGUUACACAGACUGGAAUUACACAUUUUCAUUUUCAAUCAACAGGGAUAAAGUGUUAUCAAAGGUAUUAGUGUGUGAAGGCUUGGAUACCAUGGCUGUUAUAAACAUCAAUGGAAAAAAGAUAGGUCAAACAGAUAAUAUGUUUGUAAAGUACAGUUGGGAUGUCACUGAUAUUGUACAGCCAGGAGUGAACACUAUCAGCAUUCUAUUCACUUCAGCUGUUAAGGAAGCUGCUGAAAGAGCUAACAAGUCUGCCUACCUCAUCCCACCUCAGUGUCCACCCAGUGUUGAAAAUGGUGAAUGUCAUGUCAAUCAGAUUAGAAAAGAGCAAUGCUCUUUUGGCUGGGACUGGGGUCCAUCCUUCCCUACACAGGGGAUCUGGAAACCAAUUUAUUUAGAGAAUUUUAACACAGCUAUUAUUUCUGAUUUGUCUGCUGUUGUAAGCAAAGAGAACUCUCAAUGGCUAAUCUCAGUGGCAGUGUAUUUUACAAUGACUGGAAAUUCUACAAUUAAAGGACAAUUGUUUGCUGAUCUUUCAUCCUUGAAUGUGUCCUACAAUCAACAAGUCUUCAUUUCUGCAGUCAACAGAAUUGCAAAAUUUGUUUUAGCUAUUCCAGUUAGUACUAGUGUCCACCUCUGGUGGCCUAAAGGAUAUGGACAGCAGCCAUUGUUUAACCUGAGUGUUACAUUAACUACUGAUUCUGACAAAUCUGUGAAACAAAUUAGACUGGGCUUCAGAACUGUGGAACUUGUGCAAGAGCCAGUGACCAACAAUACUGAUUUAGGGUUAACUUUUUACUUCAGAGUCAAUGGCAUCCCAAUUUUCUUAAAAGGAAGCAACUGGAUCCCAGCUGACAGCUUUCAAGAGCGUGUAACCUUUGAUAAUUUAAAAUAUCUUUUAACUUCUGCUGUUUUGGCUAACAUUAACUCUCUUCGUGUGUGGGGUGGAGGGGUCUAUGAGUCCAAUGAUUUUUAUAACUUGUGUGAUGAGCUGGGCAUACUCAUAUGGCAAGACUUCAUGUUUAGUGUGGCUAUGUACCCAACACGAGAAGAAUUUCUGGAAUCUGUGACUAUGGAAGUCAAGCAUCAGGUGCAAAGACUUAAGCACCACCCAUCAAUCAUUCUUUGGGCUGGAAACAAUGAAAAUGAAAAAGGUCUGCGCCAGAAUUGGUUUGAUACUGACAAAAAUUUCAGCCUUUACUACCACGAUUACCUCCAGCUUUAUGUGAAUACAAUCAAACCAAUUGUGAACGAAGAAGACUGGAGUAGAGAGUAUUUGACAUCUAGCCCAACUAAUGGUAAAGAAAGUGAGAAAGAAGGCUAUGUGGCAUUUGAUCCAGACAGUGAAUUCUAUGGUGACAUUCACUUUUAUAACUACAUGAUUGAUCAGUGGGAUGCCCGAUGGUUUGAAGUGCCUCGUAUGGCCUCAGAGUAUGGAAUACAAGCUUGGUGCAAUAAUGAAACACUGGCUGAGGUUUUUAUACCUUCUGAUUAUGACAUGAAUUCCAAGAUGGUCAGCCACAGGCAACACCAUGUUGGGGGUAACUUAGAAAUGGCAGCUGAGGUUGGCUUACAUUUAAAUCUACCAGAUUCUACAAAUCCAGCAGUGAAAUUUACAGAUUUCAUUUACUUGACACAGAUUAAUCAAGCCAUGUCUAUAAGAAGCCAGACAGAACAUUAUAGAAGACAUCAGUCUGAGUUACUUUCUGAUGGUAGAGGGUUAACUAUGGGUGCCCUCUACUGGCAGUUGAAUGAUAUCUGGCAAGCGCCCACUUGGGCUUCCAUUGAUUACUCAGGAUCAUGGAAGAUGUUACACUAUUUUGCCAAAUCAUUCUUCAUGAAGAAUCUUAUAUCACCUUAUUAUGUGGAUGACAAAAUAUUAGAUGUAUAUAUUGUGAUAGAUGAAAUAGCCAUUCAAGAAGUCAAGAAUGGUGUAAAUGGAUCUUUAUCCUUUGCACCUUUAACACAUCCAAAAGAUUUCAGAUCUUAUUUGACAUCAGAUAUUCUCAGCUUAAUGAAGAAAUCUUCAUUAGCAGUGCAAGGCUCUCUGAAGAUAGACAUGCAUGUGUACACUAGCUUCGAGCCCAUUCAUUCAUGGACUGUAUCUUACAAUCUGACAACAACAUCUGCUUCAGUUUUCCGUAAGUCUAUUGAUGACCUGCUGUCCGAGUCAGGUUGUCCAGCUAAAGAGAAAUGUAUACUGUAUUUAUCAUCGACUGACUCUAGUGGUGUCCCUGUCUCAUCAACAUGGUUUGCUUUGACAUAUCCAAAAUACUCAACCCUGCCUCCUGCCGAAGUACAGAUUCAGUCAGUUGUAAAAGUGGAUGCCAAUACAUUUCAAAUAGAGUUGUACAGUAAUGCUGUAGCCCUCUAUGUCUGGCUAUCCUUGGAUGAGAUUAAAGGUCAUUUCUCUGACAAUGGUUUCCCCAUGCUCACCAGUGCAAUAGUGGUCAUGUUUUAUUCCACUGCUGAUGUAACUGCUGACAGGUUGGCGUCAGAAUUGAAGGUGAAAAGUCUAGUGGAUGUCCAGACUUUAUCCAAAAAUUAUAAUGGUUACAAUACUUAUGGCUGUCACAAGUUGUUUCUUUUUUUUUCUUUUUUGUUUCAAAACAUUUUGGAGACACUGAUUUUUUUUUUAAAAGUAGUCUUUCAUGUACAAACAUGUUACAAGUUAAUUUAUAUAUUUUUAUAUUUUAUGCUUAUUUGCAUAAGUUUCAUCAUUUGCAGGAUACUAGUUUUAUUUUUAAAGAAAAAGCCUUGUAAUAGACAUAUGAACAUUAGUAGAGUUCCUCCAACAAAUCACAACUUACAUGUUUUAGCACAGGUUUAGACUGAAUUCUUUGAGCCUAUCUGUAGCUAAAAGUUAAAGAAAAUGUUGGCUACUGGUGUCUUAGGGAAGUUUACCUCCUUUGUCACAGGGUAAUGACUCAGAUUGAGGAUCUCUAAGAGUUUAAGAUUUAGAGGUAUUCAAACAUACAUUCAAAGUCCCUUUCCUUAUUUAAAAUGAGGUCUUAACUGACAAAUGGUUGAGAACCUUGUAGUUUCAAGGACUAGACUUUACUUUUAAAGACUGAAAAUAUUCAGUUAUAUUUCCAGUAAAACAGGCAUCUUUUUUUUCUCAUUAUUUGAUUUAAAAAUUAAAUUCAAUUCCUGAAUGUCAAAUUUUAAUCUUGUAAAUAUUUUGGUUUAAAUUUAUAGGUAACAGGUUAAAUUUGGAUCUUAUAUUUACUAUUUUACCUCUUUCAGUAUGCUAUUGUAUGCCAUUGAAUAUAUUACUGUUUAUUAAAAUAAUUGUUCAUGCUUAAUGUGUUUAAAACAACAGAAUAAUAACAAGUAAUGGACUUUCUUCUAUAAGCAGAAUAGAAUUAUUAAAAGCCUAAGUCUUAAAUAUAUUUUGGUUUUAUUGUCACUAUUGUAUUUGAAGUGAUCUGUAUAGUCUCCACAAUCAUAUGACAUACACAGAUUCGGAGGUCCCUAUAAAUAUAUUCUACACACUACUAGAUUAUAUGUUGUUUUUUUUUAGUUAAAUGUUUUGGCUUUCAAACUAAUGCCAAAUUUAAAUUACUUGCACAAUAACUUAACUGACAUAAAGUACGGUAGUUGAAAUAAUGCACUGUGGAAAUACAGAUGAUCAAAUAUAAUCCAACAAUAAAUAAGCCCACUAAAUAAUCCACAGAGAACAAUGAUUAAUGAACGUUAACAAAGACUAAUGACAGUCUGGAUAUAUAGCUUCACAUUUUUUUUAUUAUUAUAGCUUUUAUAUAGCGCUACUUUCAUACUUAUAGCAUGCUCAGAGCGCUUUUGGUCCAAUCUCAGUUGUGGACCAGUGGGGGGAGGGGGUAUCUAGGAGUUGGUUUUCCGUGCUGCCUUUAGGCGCUCAGUAAACACAACUCUACCCAGGUCGGGUGUUGAACCUCAAGCCCCCUUCUAGGUAGCCAAGCCAAGUUCAAGCGCACUUGGCCUCUCGACCACACUUCCCACAUUUCUUACAUAGUAGCAUAUAUCAAUCUCUCUGGAUUCUUUCUGUACCUGAUAGUAAGUUCUAUCACCUUCCCCAUAAUUCUAUCUUGACCCUGCAUCAUUGUUUAUGCAAACCAAGGUUAUCUAGAAAGUCAGCUGUUAUUGUGCUCUGUCAAACAUAACAUUGUACAUACACAUGUGAAAGUCAUUAUAUAAAUCUCUUUGUCCAUGUAUAAUACAAAAACAAAAAUUUAUAAAUGUCCAGUCUGAUAAAAGUAUAAAAAUUGUCUAAUAUCAUAAUAAAAAUAAUGGUAAUGACUUUUGAUUCUGAUGAUUAAGGAUGAGUGCAGUGUUUCACAUGAGUGCAAAGCCAAUGCAUACGCAAGCUCAAAAAUUUAAGGAUGUUCAGUUUGAUAAAAAUGUAACGAUUUUCUAAUAUUUCACAGAUACAAUUUUAUAAGUAUGUAAGAAUUAUUAGUCAUUUGUCCAAGUUUUGUUUAGCAGACUUUAUUUUGUCAAUAUUCUAAAUUGUUCUCUAAACAACUUUUUCUGUGUCCUAGAAAAAAGGUGUCUGAAUUUCUAACUGAAAAUUUUCUUUUAAACUAUUUGAUGAUAAUUUAAUGUAUUCUAUGCUCAUGCUAUUCUUUGAUCAUUACUUUUCUGUAAAUAAAAAAAAAAGUGAUCUAAUUGUUAGUAAUCUAAUUCUACAUGCAUUCCAAUUUCUUUUAUCUGGGAGAUCUAAAAAUAUUCUACAAUACAAUUGGGUAAAAAGCUACUAGACAAUAAUUGAAACAAUUUUUCUCUAUAUUCACAACACAUUGACUGGUUGUUUGGUGAGAUUUCCUUCUCAAUGGUUCUCAUGAUUUUUCUCCCAUUAUGACAUUUUUUUUUUUAUGAAAAUUAAAAUCUUUAAGUAGUGUUGGAUUCUUUCUCAUAGAACUGGUUGUUUUUCUUAACAAAUUUAAACUCAUUCUGUUCAGAUUUCAAGAUUGUCAUAAGACUUGUGAAAUUUUUGGUAUUAGCAAUUUUAUUUAAAAAAAAAAAUUAUAUUUCAUUUUCUAUUUGAUUUCAACAAAAAUUCAACACUUUUUAAAUAUAAUUUCAUAAAGAUUUUUUUUUCUUUAGGGCACUUUUUUUUUGUCAAAACAACAGUUAUCUCUUGAAAAUCUACAUUAAUGCACUUUCAAUUCCAAUUAUCAACAUUUUUCAUCUGAUCUUUUCAAAUAUUGAAAAUGGGUACAAUUUUGUCAACAAAUCUGUAUUUGUAUAUUUUUUUUUUUAGUUUCAUUUAACAAAAGAACAAAUAUAUUAUUACUUGUCAAGUUUUUGAUGCGUGAUUUUUAUUUUUUGAAAGAGAUAAUACAUUUUUUUAAAAAGCUA